CAAACUGCCAGUAAAAGUCACAGUAGCAGAAGAAGUAGAGUCAGUCGACAGAAACAGAAGAAGAAAAAGACGAAGAGACGCGGGAACAUAAAUGAUAAUAGGCCCUAUUAUGAAAUGGCACUAACGUCACCCGAGACAGGAGUUUUGGAUAAAACACGAAGUCCCCCUGUGAAAGUACUUUCUGGACAGCUUCGAGAUGGUAAAAUUCGUAUUGGUUCAAAUGGAAAGUCCGAAUUCAGUAUAAAGAGAGUUGGUCAAGGGAAGGAAAACUCCCUCGUAGUAUCUAUCGUAUGGAUGCAAGGGACUGUGGUCGAAGUUCAGCCAGAUCGCAACACAAUUGUUCUCUUGGACGAGACUGGUAACUUUGUUGUUGGUGGUGUUAAUAACAUACCUAAGGGAAAGCCAUGUUUAAUUCACGGUAAAUAUGUCAUGGUCAUGGGUCAAGUCCAAACGCAUAGCCCAGAACCUGUGCUUCGGGCAGUAAAAAUGGCCGACCUUUCUGAUAAUUCUUUGAUUCAUAAAAGACUGUGGAAAUAUGAAGUGGAGGACUUGCAGCAAACUUUACCCUGAAAUGUAUCUUGGUUGUCAAGUCGUCUGUUUGCCUUGUACCUUUUUUCAUGUGUGUGCAGUUGUGUUACGCAAACAGUUUAAUAUAUUAUGGCAAGUCAAGGCAAUAAAACAAAGGGGUUUAUAUUCUGGUGCUGUUGGUCAAGAUAUAAAUGGCAACAUUGUUUACAUUGUCAAAAUAAUUUAAUAAUAAUAAACAAAUACUUAAUUAUAUGCAUCUUGAGUUUUUGUGUUGUUUCUUUUAAUCAUAAUUUUAUAUUUGACAUUCUCCACAAAAUAAUAUAUAGCCUAAGUGAUACAUCAGGCCGACAUCUAUGGUAUAUUAAGAAAUGUAUGUGAAUAUACAAUAACAUGAUUUGGAAACAGACUAUAUGAAUAA